GGUCAUGGCCAUGGAGGAGGCGACAGCGACGGCGUUUGGCUUCCCGGCGGAGGUGCGGCCGGGGGCCACGCGGGUGGGGUGGGUCGGCAUCGGCGUCAUGGGCGGCGCCAUGGCCGCGCGCCUCCUCGCCGCCGGGUACGCGGUGACGGCCUACGCGCGCACGCCGGCCAAGGCGGGGGGCCUGGUCGCCGCCGGAGCGCGCCUCGCGGACUCGCCGGCCUCCGUGGCCGCGGCCUCCGACGUGGUCUUCACCAUGGUCGGCAACCCCGGCGACGUCCGCGCCGUCGUCCUGGACGCAGCCUCGGGCGCCCUCGCGGGGCUCCGCCCCGGCGGCGUGCUCGUGGACUGCACCAGCUCCUCCCCCUCCCUCGCGCGCGAGGUCGCCGCGGCCGCGCGCGCCGCCGGCUGCCACGCCGUGGACUGCCCCGUCUCCGGCGGCGACGUCGGCGCGCGCGACGGCACGCUCGCCCUCCUCGCCGGCGGGGACGAGGCCGUGGUGGCGUGGCUCGCCCCGCUCUUCGCCCACCUCGGCAGGCCGACCUGCAUGGGCCCGCCCGGCAGCGGCCAGAGCAGCAAGAUCGCGAACCAGAUCGCGGUGGCGGGCGCGGUGGUCGGCCUCGGCGAGUCCCUGGCCUUCGCCGGCGCCGCCGGGCUGGACGAGCGGCUGUUCCUCGGCGCGGUGUCCAAGGGCGCCGCGGGGUCGCGCGUGAUGGACAUCUUCGGCGAGCGCGCGCUGAGCCGCGACUUCACGUCCGGGGGCGCCGUGCGGUACAUCAUCAAGGACCUCGGCAUGGCGCUGGAGGUCGGCGACGGCCAGGAGGAGGAUGAGGUCAACGUGCUGCCAGGGUCGGCGCUGUACCGGCAGAUGUUCUCGGCCAUGGCGGCGAACGGCGACGGCGAGCUGUGCCUGCAGGGACUGAUCACCGUCGUCGAGCGCCUGAACGGCAUCCGCAAGUGAGGCAGAGCAGGUGUUCGUCAAAAUGCGGCAGCGGGAUAUGUAUCUCAUGGUCAUGUAUUAUUAGAUUUCCUGGUCAAAAUUCAAUAUCUAUGUCAUAUUUUUAACCAACGAUUUGUGGAUGCUAUCAUCGAUCAUACUGUUAUCAUGCUUUA